AUGGUGAGAGAGGCGAAUGAUCCGGUCAUUUGUGUCUCAGAGGAUUCCAAAUCUACGAGGUUCAGCGAAGUUGAUUUAAGAAGGGCAGUUUAUGAUGCGAUCGUACAGUUGUCAGAAGUCGUCUCAGAAAGGGUGCUGAAAAUGCAGCUUCCUUUUCUUCAUUGCACCGCUUGGGAUGAAGUUAUUGAGGAGCGUUUUAUUGGAACUCCCCAUCUAUGUGGAUUUCCGACAUGCACCAAAGUAGUCAAAAUGCGUAAGAAGAAGCAAAGAUAUCACAUAGACAGGCAAGCACGGAAGAUUUAUGAGAAUCGAAUAGAGAGUGAUAUGUACUGUUCGCGUCGUUGCAUGCUUCGGUCAGCUGCCGUACGAGCACAACUAGCUGACGAGCCCUUGUGGUUAACGGGUAAUAUUCAAAAAAGGAUAAGUUCGCCGUACUCUAUCGAAAGUGUGCUCGAAGUUAACGAUAUUAUCUCGAAAAACGCUAAGAUUGAAAUUGUGCGUGCUGUUCAGGAAAAGCUUAGCGACUUAAGAGUCAGAGAAGCAGAUUCAUCGACAGCUUCUGAAGCUGAGGCGGAAGAGGAGUCUGAAACGGAUGUAGAAGGAUAUCUCGACAAUGUGAUCGACACCAUUGGUGUAAAAGAAGAUUGUACAAAUGAGAUAGAUCACGAAACAAGUCCGUGUAAACCCUCUCCUAGUGGAAGCAGUGACAUUGACUUAGAGGUGAAAGCUACUAGAAUUACGCGGGACGUUAUCCAUUCCUCGAAUCCGAAGGUGGUAAAUGAAACUAAUGUUCCACUUCGAAACCUAAGACUUCCGGAUCCACAAAUGUCUGCGGGACAUUCAUUUACACACGCUGAACUGGAGAAGCUUUCGCGAUUAAGAUCAAAAUACUCGGAACGUCCUUCCAAGAAGCCCAUUAUUAUUGAUCCCUUGCCUGAGAGUGCUCACGUUACUGCUGAAGAGAAGCAUGGUCAACAAAAACAAAGAGGACUAGCCACUGAUCCAGUAACAGUUUGUUCAGAUGUUGCGAAAACUGUUGAACAUGUUGAGAUGUUGUUCAGAUUAGCAGCAUAUCAGCGGGAAGUAAACUGCACUUUUUCGGAGUUCAAUUGGCUCUCUCGACUAGCUGCAACAUUUAAGUUGGAGUCGGAUACGAUUACUAAUUUCGAUAAAGAUAUGCUGAGACUUAUCUGCGCUGUAUUAUUGAAAUUAAUCGCAAUGUUGGACAGCGUUGUUGAGGAUUCUUUGUUUCCUAAAAAUCAAGCAUCGGACAAAUUCAUACGUUCGUUGGCCAAAAUGGGAAUCGACAUCAAUGUUUUUAAUACCAUGGUUUCGAAAAUUAUUGGUGAUUUGGAAGAAAUACCCGGUGUCGAUACUUCAAAAUUAGGUGUAUGA